AUGGACGAUGCCUUCAGCCCAGACAGCCUUGCCCUCGGACCUAACCUGUCUAGUUCCCCGUGGAACUCGAACCUGUCCUUUCCAUCCCUCUGGGCGACUCCCGGGCAGCCUGUGCGGACAGUAUCGGUGGCCGUGAUCCUGCUAUUGGGCUUGGCGGGCAACGGGCUGCUGCUCCACCGGCUCCGCUGCGGCGGCUGCUGCUGCGCGGGCCGGUUCGCCCGGCGGCGAAAGAUGGAUUUCUUCCUCGCGCACUUGGCCGUGGCUGAUCUCUACGGCUGCGGGCUGGCUCUCCUCUCGCAGCUCCCUCCGGCAGCGGACGCCGGCCAGGCGGAGUGGCCCGCGGGAGACACCACGUGUCGCCUCUUCCGGCUCCUGCAAGGAUCCGGGCUGCUGGCGCCGUCGCACAUGCUGGUGCUGCUGGCGCUGGAGCGGCACCACAUGGUGAGCGGCGCUCGGGACCCGCCGCAGCCCCUGCCCGCUUUCAUGCCCGCCCGGGGAGCCCUGGCCACGCUGGGCUGGCUGCUGGCGCUGUUGCUCGCCUUGCCUCAAGCCUUCGUGUACAGGCUGGCCCCGCCGCACGACGGGAGCCACUGCCUCAGUGUCUUCGCGCAGCGGCCCCCUUGGCACGGCCGAGCCUACGCCGUGUAUGGACUGCUGGCCAGUUUCGUGGCGCCCGCCUGCCUCCUGGGCGGCACCUGCGGCCGCAUCCUCCGCGCCCUCAGCGCCUCCCGGGCCAAGGAGGAGGAGCCGUCGCGGGCAGCGCCAGGCAGCUCUCGCCGCCACCGCGUGGAGCUCCCCGGCGUCGCCGCUUCACCGCCCCCGCCGCUCCUCCUGCGGCUCCUGCCGGCGGGCAAGUGCGCCCCGCCAUCCCCCCGCGCGCCCCGCAGCCUCCCCCGCGCGCGGGCCCGGGCGCUGCAGCUGACUCUAGCGCUGACGACGCUCUUCGCGUUCUGCGGUUUCCCGCGCUUUGUGCUGGAGCUGGGCUUGGCCUUCGCCUUCCCCGCCAGCGCCGCCGAGGAAGCGCGGACGACUCUGGGCAGCAUCAUGACAGCCACAAACUGCGCCCUCAACCCCUACGUGUGCCUCAUCUUCCACAGCCACCGGCCCUGGGCGCGGCGCCUCCAGAGCAGCCUCUGCCGCUGCCCCGACGGACAGCCUCGGCGCAGGGUACCCCACCGACACCGCCCGCCGCCGCCGCCAGAGUUGGCCGCCGAGCGCACUGGACGCUGGUUUUGCCCUUGCCAGACCAAGCCGCCCACCGCCUCUGCCGUUGUCCAGCAGCGGGAGGUUGAGGCGCCGGCCGCUGCUGCUUUCGAGAGCGGAUUAUAAGAAAUGCGCGCUCUGCAGGGGCAAAUCAAAGGCAUUCGGGACCCCUCUCAAGAGGCGAUAAGGCUCAAAUCUGCCAGCUGGUCCUGCGCAGGCACUCAGAUCUGCUCUUCAGUGGGGGAAAGCAUUCUUCAGUUGGUCACAGAAUCCUCUAGUUACACGGAUCUUCACAAAAAGAGGCUGAAAACUCAGUUUAAAUGCCACUAAAGCCUGGUAGCUUUAUCCAAAGAAAAGGAAGUCAUCUAGGCCAAUGACUUCAGAGCUAAUUGUGAUUUUUAGCCUUUAUUUGGAAUAAUGUAUUUGAACAGGGAUUUACAUGAUUUCCCAGUUUUCUGGUGUUUUGUUCAUUUUCCUAUAGAACCAGGAUUUGGUAAAGUGGGAACUUUUACAGUGCAUUAGACUUUGUUACAUCUCUUGUAAUGUGAAUCACAGUGUCCUGUAAAUUCUAGCACAGAUAUUUCAUAGAGUACCUGUGAAGUAAACGGGUGUGAUUCUUUAUAAGCUAUUUGCUUUUCUGGCAA